UAUGGCUGCCGUGUAAGAAGCCAAGAAGAGCAAUGGCUGACGUUAAGGAAACUUCGUGUAGCCUUUGCCUUAAAAAUAUAACCGAUGAAAGCUUUGAAGUGGUAGACAACAUUAUCAGAGAUAAUCUAGAUGUUCUUUUGCUGAAAUUGAAAUUUGAUAGCGAGAGCAAACAGGUUAUAUGUAACGUCUGCAGAAGAAAGUUAAGUAAGGCGUCAGAAUUCAAGACAACGUGUCUGAAUACCGAUAAUACAAUUAUGCUUUAUGUGGAUAACGAAAAAAUGUUACAGCUCGACCUCAGAGAAGUGUACAUGCAGGAAAAGAAAAGUGAAUUAGUUUACAGUCAGAAAAUAUGCCGAUUGUGUAUGCACCCAGUAGAAAGUGGGUUUAGGUGCAUACGUGAAUUGGAACUUGAAGCUAUUGAGAAAUUAGUUCCUGAAAUGAAUAUAAAUAUCGUCAAAGAUCCCGUUGUUUGUAAGCCCUGCUUCGAUUCUCUGUGUACUCACAACAGCUUCCUAAAAGAUUGCUCAGAGGUAGAAGAAAAAAUUAUAAGUAUUUUUGGUAGUUCAGCCACAGGAAAUCAAAUAGAUACGUCCCCACUUGAUUUAUUCGUUAAAACUGAAAACCUGGACAAGGAAUUCGAUAUUAAUGAGAUGGAAAUGUCGAUUAAAGCUGAAUAUGUGGACAUAAAAUCAGAAGAUGAGGAAAGGAGCGACAUGCCACUUGAGAGCUCCAAUGUUGUACCAUUCGAGGAGAGUGACUGUAAAUAUGAAGAAGAGGACGGAUGUAAACAUGAGAAUGCAUCAGAAGUGAAAACAAAGCAGGAGGGCAAAGUAUCGUACAAAUGUAAUAAAUGUAUUUACAAAACUGAAAGUGGGAUCUGUUUUACUGCACACUGUGCGAGACACGAUAACGACUUGGAAGCGUAUAAAUGUGAGUCCUGUGAUUACAAGACUGAAAAUGAGAAAUUACUUCAGAGUCACCUGAUGAAACAUAAAGAUCCUUUGCAGAUUCCAAUAUACAAGUGUACAGACUGCGAUUACGAAUCUAAAUACAAGAGUCACAUCAAACAGCACCAACUGAAGCAUAAAGAUCCUUCACAGGUUCAAAUGUACAAGUGUAACGACUGCGAUUUCGAAACUAAAUACAAGUUGAAUAUGAAAACACACCAGGUGAAGCAUAAAGAUCCUUCACAGGUGUACAGACUGCGAUUUCAAAACUGCAUGCAAGAGGUAUAUCAAACAUCACCAACUGAAACAUAA